AUGUCCAAUACCAAAUCCAGACGAACACACUCUUUCGGCGGGUGCAAGACAUGUCGAAAACGUCAUCUCAAGUGUGAUCAGUCGCUGCCGAGGUGUAAUCGCUGUAAGCAGGCGGGCUUGAACUGCGAGGGUUUCACGCCGGCUUUGAGAUGGUUGGUUUCGACGGGGCGGGAGGUUUAUGAUAAGCAGCCUACGCAGAUUGCUGAUGUUGGGGCGGAACAGUAUUCGAGAAGACACUUGUUUACUGAGGAGGAUAGGGAGCUUAUGAGCAAUGCUCUUGUUACGAAUGUUCCGUCGACAGUGACAGCUGCUCUGAACCAGAUUGAUGAAGAGUCAAAAGGGUUGGAUAUUCAAAAUGAUGCAGCAAAUGCCUGCGAAGUUGGCCCCUUUCAGGUCUUCAAGUUCGAAACCACUCAGUCUGUCACAACGCCUUCAGACCAUGUCUCCUUCAACGACAUGGAUCUCGACACUCUUUCCGAGAACCAGGCCCAAGAUUUCUCAGAGACUAUAGAAAGCGAUCAAUUUGCCUCCAAUGACUUCUCAACAACAUCUCUCGACUUUCUGCACUGGGGCGAUUUAUUUACCUGGGAUGUUAGCGUUCUCGACAAUCCACCUCAACUUCCCUACGACAACUACGACACUUUGCCUAUGAACCUCAACUGGCCUAAUGAAUCCAACAUGGGAUUUUCUGAGUCUCUGGAUAUGAUGCCUUUUGAAAUAGCGAGCGAUGAUGUUGCGUGGCCGCAGCUUGAUCUCAAGAUGGAUGCACCUCUACUUCUGAAGCACUUCAACGACGACGUCAUCAGUCAAAUGGGUUCUCUCCCCAUCAACGAAAAGUCAGCUUGGAAGACUCUUCAUUAUCCCUCUGCUAUCAUGACGCUGAGUGAGUUGACAAUGCUGGAUGUGAACAAAGAUCAGAUCAAGCGUGCCAAUCUGGCUACUUUUUAUGCUUUGAUAGCUGUAUCAUCAUUCCACCUCUCCCUCAACUCCAUUACAUUUCCAAGCCUAGCACGACCUGGUGAUCACUGGAAGUCACUCUCAAUUCGGACAUAUGAAGCUGCGAAACAACAUCUCAAAGUCAGUCUUGAAAAGGAAUCGCAGCCGGGACCGCAUAAAGCCAAGUAUAAGGAGCAAUUGAUGGGCAUAAGUGCCGUGUUAGCAACAGCACUCCUUUCUGGCAACGAAACAGAUACCCGCUGGUGUCUUACAGAAAUGGAACGCCUCAUAAGCUGGCGCGGUCUCACCAAACCAAGUAUAUCCCGCCGCGCCCGCCUUCUUCACAACAUCUACGCCUGGAUGCGCAUCGUCUCCGAGAGUCUAAACGUAUAUCUCGACGAAAACCACGCCAUAGAAACACCCUUCCGCACCACGACCUCACGAUCCAUCAAUCCCGACAUGACACUCGACAACUUUCUCCAUCUUGAACCGCGAAAACUCCACGGUCAAAAGACAAAACGCGAUAUUAAAGAUAUCCAUCUCGCGGAUGCGUCGCAGGACCAUGAGAAUAUGUAUAUGCAGAUCUACGGCGUUCCAGAGACGUGGCUUAGUUUGGUGUCGCAAAUAACACGCCUCGCCAACGUCAUGGAUCGUUUAUCCGCUUCUAAAAAGUCCGACGCAGAAGCUCUUAUGGCAUUACAACCACGAGCUUCUUAUCUCGAAAAUGCAGUCUGUCUCUUCCGCUCACGACACAAUGAGUCUACAACCAUGAGCGCAAGUCCCAGCGCUCCAGGCGGAACACCGCACACGCACAUGGUACGCGCUCUCGCCUCCGCGCUCGUGAUAUUCUUCUACCGACGAAUCCGCAACGUGAACCCCCUGGUACUCCAAGACAGUGUAAACGAUGUUGUUGAAUCACUGCAUGCAUUUGAUGAAGCGCUGGAGAGGAAUAAUCUGCUUGGACCAGGUACGGCGUGGCCUGCUUUUAUAGCGGGGGCGGAGGCGAGGGCGAGACAGAGGAGGGAUAUAGAGGAGUGGUUGGAUAAAGGGUUUGGGAGGUCUGGGUUUGAGAGUUAUAGGGCUUCCAAGGAGGUGCUGGUUGAGGUUUGGAGGAGGAGGGAUGAGGCGGAGGGGAUGCCGUCAGGGGAUGUUUGUACGUGGAUGGAGGUAUGUAGGGAUCUACGUCGCUGGCCGUUGGUGUCGUAG